CAUGGAAAAGUGGGGUUGAAAGGAAGUCAGUUACAACUUUAAAAGGACCGAUUCGUUUUGCAGUUGGAAGAAGAAAUCCACCCUUGGAAGCGUCAAAGAAACAUCACAAUGAAAUUUAUCCUUCUUGUCGGAAUUCUAGCUGCUGCCCAGGCUGCUAAGUUGUUUGACCCAGUGGCAGAUGAAUGGGAACUUUUUAAGUUGCAACACAAGAAAAAUUACCUGAGUAUCGAAGAAGAAGCAUUCAGAAAGAUGGUUUUUAUUGAAAACAAACGAUAUGUUAUUAAGCACAAUUUACAAUAUGAAAAGGGGAUUGUAUCAUUCAAAUUAGGAUUGAAUUCCCGCUCAGACAUGCUUUCUCAUGAGCUCGCUCAAUCAUUGAAUGGUUUAAAGUUUAAAUCAAGGAAUGAUGUUCCAACUGUUGGAUCAUAUUUCAUUACCCCAGCAAAUGUUGAAUUGCCGACGAAUGUAGAUUGGAGAAAACAUGGAGCAGUGACUCCAGUGAAAGACCAGGGAGAUUGUGGCUCUUGCUGGGCUUUCAGUACGACAGGUGCAUUGGAAGGGCAACAUUACAGAAAAACUGGGAAACUAGUUUCUUUGAGCGAACAAAAUUUAAUCGAUUGUUCAAAAAAUGUUGGUAACUUUGGCUGUGAUGGUGGAGAAAUGGAAUAUGCAUUCACUUACAUCAGAGAAAAUGGUGGAAUUGACACUGAAACUUCAUAUCCGUAUGAAGCUCAAGAUGAUGUAUGCAGAUAUAGCCCACAAUAUAAAGGUGCAGUCGACACUGGAUAUGUCAAAAUUCCUGAAGGGGAUGAAGAAACAUUAAAAGCAGCUAUUGCGUCUGUUGGACCCAUUUCAAUCGGCAUUGAUGCAAAUCAUAACAGCCUGUUUAAUUACAAAGAAGGUGUGUACUAUGAACCCGAAUGCAGUACGGAAAAUUUGGACCAUGGAGUACUUCUAGUUGGAUACGGUACUACUGAUGAUGGUGAAGACUACUGGCUAGUGAAGAACUCCUGGGGGACAUCCUGGGGAAUGGACGGCUAUGUCAUGAUGGCAAGAAACAGGAACAACAGCUGUGGAAUUGCAACUAGUGCUAGCUACCCACUUGUUUAAUUUAUUCGCCAUU